CUGCCCCUGACCAACGACUAUAAAUUCUGGAACUGCUUACUUGGAACAGCCCCAGCCUGGAAAAGAAGCUGGCUCCAAAUAACGUUGGCAAAGAUUCUAGUCCUCAGAACUCAGGCUGGGAGUUCAGAGACGAUCUUGCCCUGAAAAAUGGGAGAGGGCUGGGCUACAUGACCUCUGUGUGUCCUUCCAAGCAAAUUUAACUGGGCACGAUGAGGAGAAAGUGGGGAUGGAAAAUUUCGAACUGCUCAAAGUCCUCGGGACCGGAGCUUACGGGAAGGUGUUCCUGGUCCGUAAACUAACCGGCCACGACGCCAGCAAGCUUUACGCCAUGAAAGUGCUCCGCAAAGCGGCCAUCGUCGCCAAAGCCAAGACGACCGAACACACGCGGACCGAACGGACCGUCCUGGAGCACGUCCGCCAGUCGCCUUUCCUCGUGACGUUGCAUUACGCCUUCCAGACGGAUUCCAAGCUCCAUCUGAUUCUCGAUUACGUGAGCGGAGGCGAGCUGUUCACGCACUUGUACCAGCGGGACCAUUUCUCGGAGGAGGAAGUACGGUUUUACAGCGGGGAGAUCAUUUUGGCGCUCGAGCACCUCCACAAACUUGGCAUCAUUUAUCGGGACGUGAAGCUGGAAAACAUCUUGCUGGACCACGAAGGUCACGUGGUGUUGACCGAUUUCGGCCUGAGCAAGGAAUUUGUGACCGAGGAUAAAGAACGGACCUUCUCGUUUUGCGGCACCAUCGAAUACAUGGCCCCCGAGAUUGUACGCAGCAAAAGUGGACAUGGCAAGUCUGUGGACUGGUGGAGUUUGGGAAUCCUGGUUUUUGAGCUCCUGACUGGCGCGUCUCCUUUUACCCUCGAAGGGGAGAAAAACUCGCAAGCGGAGGUGUCCAGACGGAUCCUGAAGUGCAGCCCACCCUUCCCGUCGCUUAUUGGCCCCGAGGCUCGCGACCUCUUGCAGAAGCUCCUGUGCAAAGACCCCAAGAAACGCUUGGGGUCUGGCCCGAUGGGGGCCCAGGAGAUUAAAGAGCACCCCUUCUACAGGGUCUUGGACUGGGUUGAAUUAGCAGCACGCCGAGUCAGGCCGCCGUUUAAGCCCCUCAUUCGUCACGAGUUGGACGUGCGAAACUUUGCCGAAGAAUUCACCAGCUUGGAGCCCAUCUACUCUCCGGCUGGGACCCCUCCCAGCCUAGACCGUGUCUUCCAGGGUUAUUCCUUCAUCGCCCCGUCCAUCCUCUUCAACCGUAAUGCUGUGACUGCUGACGUACUCGAGGCGGCGUACGACGGGGAGCGUCCCGGAAGGUCUGCGGUGGCCCGCAGCGCCAUGAUGAAGGAUUCUUCGUUCUUCCAAAAAUAUGAGAUGGACUUGGUGGAGCCGCCCCUGGGCGAGGGGAGUUUCUCUGUCUGCCGCCGUUGCCGACAUCGGCAAAACGGGACGGAAUUUGCGGUCAAAAUCAUCAGCAAAAGGAUGGACGUCAACACCCAGCGAGAGGUGGCGGCGCUGCAGAUCUGCGAAACCCACCCGAACAUCGUCAAGCUUCACGACGUGCAUCACGACCAGUAUCACACAUACCUGGUGAUGGAAUUGCUGAGGGGCGGGGAACUCCUGGACCGCAUCAAGAAGAAGCAACACUUCAGCGAGUCGGAAGCCAGCCAGAUCAUGCGUAGCUUGGUUUCCGCCGUCAGCUUCAUGCACGACUCGGGAGUGGUGCAUCGGGACCUCAAGCCCGAGAACAUUCUCUACGCAGACGAGUCGGAGGGCGCCCCCGUGAAGGUGAUCGACUUCGGCUUCGCCCGCCUCUGCCCUCAGAACUCGCAGCCCAUGCAGACCCCCUGCUUCACCCUCCAGUACGCGGCCCCCGAACUCUUGCAGGAUGGAGGCUACGAUGAAUCUUGCGACCUCUGGAGCCUGGGGGUCAUCUUGUACACCAUGCUGUCUGGCCAAGUCCCCUUCCACAGUAGCCAGGAAGGGAGCGCGGCCAGCCACGCCGCCGACAUCAUGCACAAAAUCAAGGAAGGGCAGUUCUCCCUGGAGAGCGAAGCUUGGAAGAACGUGUCGGAAGAGGCCAAGGAGCUGGUUCGAGGCCUUUUGACGGUGGACCCUGCCAAGCGGUUGAAAAUGUCCAACCUACGCUACAGUGAGUGGCUCCAAGAUGGCAGCGCCCUCUCGUCCACUCCGCUCAUGACGCCGGACAUCCUCGAGAGCUCCGGGCCGGCCGUGCGAACGGGCGUCAACGUGACGUUUAUGGCCUUCAACAAGGGGAAACGCGAAGGGUUUUUCCUGAAAAGCGUGGAAAACGCCCCUCUGGCCAAACGGCGCAAACUCAAGAUGUCCAGCACCGGUGCUGAGGGUCGCCGAAGCAGCAGCAGCUCCUCCUCUUCCUCGUCUUCGGGCUCCUCCUCCCGUCCCCCCAAAGCCAAGAUCCCCACCAUUCGCCACGACCCCCCCUCGUAGCAGCCGGGGAGAAGGGGGGGGGGCGAGCACUGAAACGCUGGAUGGGAAAAAGGGGGUAUUUAUUGUCUUAUGUUGCUGUCCGGGGAGCGUCGGGGAAACCCCAGCUUCCGCUCCCCGAUCCCCAUUUCCAGUCCACCCACCCGCCAUGAUGUGAUACCUUCAUUCAGAAUGGGGAGGGGAGGAGGGGGGGCGUUUGGCAGUUCAAAGCGACCGUUCUCUGUCGGAAAAAGGCAGAGAAAUAAUCCAGGGGUUGUUAGGCAGAGAUUUGGGGUGCUGAUCCCGGGGGUGUGUGUGCUCUUGGAAGGUUUGGCCCAGCCCCAUUUCGAUGGCUGGAAUUUCCAAGCCCAAACCUCCAUCUUGAUUCCACAAGGAAGAUUUUGCUACUCCGAGCGUUUUAAUGUGGGGAGCAUUGUUAUUUUAUUUCCUACCCGGUCUGGCGCUUUUCUGCAUGCAAGGGGGCUGGCUCGGACCCCAUUUCCCCAGCCAUUGAAUUAAGAAUGAAUUAAGGCGGUUUGCAGAUACAGGCUGCUGUUUUCCAAACGUACCAGCAGAGGGCAGCGGUCCUCUCGGCACCCUCCCCUACCGCCCCCCUGGUGGUGAGCUGCGUUUUUGCAAUCUAAACCUGAGGUUAUUUUAAGAGAUAAUAGGGUUGUUUUUAUUAAGGACGGGUAGCAUUUAAUUUUUUUUUUUUUUGGAUAAACUAUUAAUAGGAAGGGAUUUGCUCCUUCUGAGGCCAAAAACUGCAUUCUGGAGAAGGAAGGAAGGAAGGAAAAUAUUUCCUCCUCCUUAACAGGUAGUCCCCGAUUUACAACAGUUUCAUUCAGUGACCGCUCGGCGUUACGGUGGCACCGAUGAAAGGCCAUUUAUGAACAUUUUUCACACUUGUGUGAUCGUUGCGGCAUCCCCAUCGUCAAACACGGCGAUGAUUCAGGACGCUUGGCAGCCGAGUCAUACUUAUGACGGUUGUAGUGUCCCCGGGGUCACGUUUUACGACCUUCUGAUCAAGUCCACGGGAAAAGCCGGAUUCACUUAACAACCACAUUUGUCACUUAAGAACAGCAGCGACACCAACCGUGGCAAGAAAGGCCGUCAAAUGGAAACGUCUUGCUUAGCAACAGAAAUGUGGGGCUCAAUUUUGGCCAUAAAUCGAGGACUACCUGUAUUUUUUUGUGGGGGGGGGGAAGGAAUCACCGUACACUCCCGUGUCUGACGCAGAACUUUUAACGGCAAAGCUUAGCGCCAAGGUACGUUUGGGCUCAAACGUAACCCUAAUAAAUAGUUGGAAUGGGUUAGUUUGCGUGUCACACUAAGACAAGAACCAACCAGGUUAAAUGAUAGGUUGGCACAUAAGGCUCGCAUCUGGGGCGACGGCUUCUUGCUGGGUGACUCCUGAACCUCAACCGUUUGUAUAAAAACCACAGGAGUAAGAUAUGAUGUUUUUUUUAAACAGGUAAAACGCUAAAGCUCAUUCUGAUGGGGAUGCUAGGUUUUAAGGGAUAUACAGGCGGUCCUGGACUUACAACCGUUCUCUUAGUGACCGGAGUUUUAUAACGCCCCUGGAAAAAAAAAAGCGACUUAUGACUUAGUUCUCGCGCUCAUGACUUUCUUUAGCACCUCUACGGUCACAAAAUGUUCAAAGUUUGGGCAUCUUGUCUAUUGACGACGGGUGCAGUGUCUCGGGAACGCAAAAACUUCCAUUCGCGACGUUCCCAGCCGGCUCCCGCCCUAAGGGUGGGAAGCCCGAUUCGCUUAAUGACGCGAUUCGUUUUAACAACCGCGACGAAUCGCCGAAGAACCGCGGCAACAAAAAACAAAAGAUUUCGUUCCGCGGUGGAAACUCCAGCCCUAACUGUGGUUGUAAGGCGAGGACUAACCUGUGUGUAUGUAUAUAUGUAUAAGAGAAACCAAAAAAACCAACCAACCAACCCCAGAAUAAGAUGCAUCGAUCUGUUUCUGGGUCCUGGAGAAAGAAGCCAAAUAGGAAAUGUAUAGGAAAAUGUAUAUUUUAUUUUCUCUGCGGGGGGAGAACGAGAGGCUUUUAAAUGGCAGCCCCCUCCCCACUUUAAAUCAUAGAAUUAUAGAGUUGAAUCUUGAGAGAUUCUGCAUCUCUUGAGUUUAUGGGAUGUGGGAGAUGUCCCAGGUCAGAUCUAUUUUUUGGGGGGGUGAAUCUGAUAAGCUCAGGCAGUUUGGGGAUGGGGAGGGCGAAAGGGAGAGAGUAUAUUUUUAAGAAAGCAAUUUCCUGUCUGUCUGUUUAAAUAUAUAUAUAUUGAAGGCAAGCAUGGGAGUGAAUGUUUGUGCAAGGCAGCGUCUUUCACAGUUAAGAAUUGUGUGUGUGUGCGAGAGAGCGGACAGAAGCUCGAUUUUUGUCCCAGUUCAGUAGGAGAUUAAAAAAACACACCAUUUCAACAACGUUGAAAUAUAGAAACAGGAGGGGGGAAAAAGAGCAUCACGUCAAUUAAGAAGAAUUCUAUCCACCAGCUUGCUUACAGAGAUUAGAUUUUUAUUUAAACCCUUAUUUAUAGGAAGAAACAUAAAAAAAAACCCAUUACUUCUUUAAUUUAAUGAAAUCAAAGAUGUUGAAUUCUUAAAGAGGUGGAUUUAUUAUCAGCAUUUAAAAGUUGUACUCAAUACAAGAGGGGCUUCUCUUUAAGCCCCUCGCCAAUUUUUCUACAGCAGUAUUAAUCGCAAAGCCCUCUCUGUGAGCACGCGCACCGUCUCCAGCUGUUCUUCACCAGUGCCAGAGUGCCGAAAACGCCCCCCCCAAAACACCCUGAAAACAGUCAGAAACCAGACCGUUUUUCAGGCUGUUUUGGGGUCUUUUUCCGGGCCGUUUUCAGGCAGUUUUGGGGGGCAUUUUCAGGCAGUUUUGGGCUGUUUCGUGGGCUGUUUUCAGGCAGUUUUUGGGGCGGUUUUCAAAUGAAAACAGCGGAAAAACGACCUGAAAACUGGCGCAAAAAUGGCCUGAAAACAGCCCAAAAAUGGCCUGAAAAUGGCCAAAAAACUUGCCAAAAAACAGGCAUGCGCAUGCCAGCCAGCUGGUCUUAGAGCUUCCGGUGCGAAUUUUUGUAGAGAAUAGAGAAUUUUUAUUCUCUAUAAACGUGGGUAUGUCUUGGUGUCUCGAAGAGAAACUUAUUGCACAGAUUUUUGGAAAACUUAAGAUACGUUUUGAGGACUGUGUAUUUUAUGCAGGAAAAAUAAAAUAAAAUAUGGGGCUUUUUAGGAAAGUCAGGAGUGUAAGUUGCUGAAUUUCUGGCUGGGAAUUUGACAAAAUGAUUAUUAUUAUUAUUAUUUUAAGAACGGGUGGUAGCACGUUUAAGGAAUAUUUUGAUCGGGAAUGACCGAAGCUGUAAAUUGGGGGUUGUAAAGGGGUAUGAAUGAGAGAGAGUGGGGUUUUUUCCCCAGUCUUGAAUCGGAGAGACAAAAGAAAAAAUUUAUAAUUGCACAAAAACAGCAUUAAGACAAAAGGGCCUGAGAAAAGGAAGGAGAAUGGGGGGUGGGGACAGGCACUUUAAAGGGAAGUGUAAUUAGCAACGCAUUGCGAUUUGGGGAACGAAGCAGGAAAUGGCGAAAAUAUAAGCAUGGGAAAAAUAAGAACGGGUUCAGUAUCCCCCCCACCCUCCCGUAGACCGCCAGUUUAAUCGACAUUAAAUGGGAAGAUUAUUGCUACUUGAAGCAUUUGGAGUUCCUUUAAAUUAAGAACCUGCCACCGUUUAAAACUUGAUUAUUUUUAUACUGUUAAUGGGAUAGCGAUGGGGCACUUUAAAGAGAAAAACUUCAGCCUUGGUAAAAUUUAUGUUUCUGCGGAGGACGAGAAAGUACCGCUGCAGAUCGCUACAAAUUUGGUGUUUCUCAGCCUUGGUGGAUUUUAAGGCGGGGUGGACUUCGAUUCCCAGAAUUCCCCAGGAUUCUUGUUGGAUGAUUAUUAUUAUUAUUGCCUGGGGAUUCUGGGAGUUGAAGCCUAACCAGUUGUCAAGCUAGCAAGGGGGAGAAAUGUGUAGGCCAGUGAUCUUAAUCUCUUUCCCCCCAUGGACUCCCUUUAAAUAUCUUUUGUGGCCACGGGCUCCAAGAUUUAAGAUUUAAAUCAGUCUAUUUUUUCAAGUCCUUGUGGUCCUUGAAAACUACUGCUCUAGAACUUUUCUAUUUCUGUCAUGGGAUGUGGCAGGUAUCUUUCUUCAAAGGUGGAAUUGGAAGUGCUUAAUAAAUUUAUUUGUUCUGGUCUAUGAAGGAGGAGGAAGCGAGCGGAACAAUCGGGCAGGGAGUGGAAGGGCGCCAUUCAUUUUUCUCUCUGCACAAAAAAAUAAUAAUAAUUAUAAACGCUUGGCUUCAACAUCCGGGGAGAUUUAGGAAGGAAGUCUUGAGCCCGGCUCCCCCUUAAGCCAUCUUUAACCAGCAUCGUGUGAACUGGACAGUAUGCUACUUUUGCCCCAUUUCUAAGCCUCUUUAAAAUACAGGUUGUCCUCGACUUACCUGAGUUCAUUUAGUGACCGAAGUUAGAACAGCCGUGAAAAAAGUUAAUCGGUCACCCUUUUUCACACUUACGACGGUUGCAUCCCCAAUGAUCGCGUGGUCAAAAUUCAGACACUUUGGCAACUGGUUCAGACUUGCGACCAUCGCUGUGUCCUAAGGUCACGCGAUUCCCCGUUUUGCGACAAGCAACGUCCACGGGGAAGCCAGAUUUCACUUAACAACCGGGUGGUUAACUUAUCCACUACGGUGAUUCCCUUAACCACGGUGGCAAGAAAGGUCGUAAAAAUGGGGCAAAACUCGCUCAUGUCUCACUCAGCGACCAAAAUAUUGGGCUCAGUCGUGGCCGUUAAGUCGAGUAAUCCUCAACAGUUUGGCCAACUGCUUUCCUCCUUCCGUUUGUUUGCACUUGGUAGCUGUUUCCCGCAGGGAGCCAACUCUCCUCCUGCCAUUGGGGGAAAGGGACAUCCGUGUGCGCGCACGCAUCUGUACAUACGUGUGUAUGUCUUAACUGCCAUAGGCCCUCCGCUCUGUGCCAAGGAGGAGACGAGCGAGUGGAGGGUAUCCUUUUAACAUCCUUCUUUUGAGUAGCACAAGAGGCCGGGAGCUGCCCGUGAGGGGGGCAGGGGGGGGGGGCGUCCUGGCCCAUGCAACCAAACCAUGUGUAUUUUUUAUUUGAAAAUAAAAAUCGCCUCUGAAGCCAAAUCGC